AUGCGCGCGUUACUCAGCAUCCACGGCGUCGCCGCGGGCGCGGGAACGGACGCCGCGUGCGCGAGCGCGUCGAGGAAACGCUUCGAGCGCGCGGCGACCUGCGCCGAUCGCGCGGCGAGAUCAGGCGGCGCGUCCGCGCGAGGGUUGCGCGAGCAGCAGCGCUCGUCGCCUCUGGUGCUAGCGAGCGGGGGAUCUUCGCGCGGCGUCGUCGCGUCGUCGGCGACGUCGUCGUCGUCGUCGUCGUCGUCGUCGCGCGCGUUAGGACGCGCGCGACCGUCGCGAUCGGGAGGGGCGGUCGCCGCGGCCGCCGCGGCCGCGGAGGACGGCGCGGCGACGGGGAAGGAGCCGGAGGAUGCCGCGUCCUCGUCCCACCCGGAGACGAGCGACGGCGACGGCGGCGACGACGGCGCGGGGGGUGGCGGCGACGACGAGCCGCCGAUCAACGGCGGGUGGGGGGAUUUCGACGGCGGGCCGGAGUGGGACGGCGAGGACGACGAGGAGUACGUCGGCGUCGACGAGGUGCGUCCCUCGCGCUCGCGCGAUCGCCGCCGCGCGGAUCGCCGCAGCGAUUCGAGUCGAUCGAUCCUCCGCGCGCGCUGUCUCGCUCGCCGCCCUAAAAAACAAUUCUUCCCUCUCCGCGACCUCUGCCCCCCUCGCGCCCCCCACCCCCCCCCUCCCCUCUAA